AUGCGCGAGCCUACAGCAUCCCUACCCUUGAAUUCCAGCUCUUAUGUGCCAACUAAAGCUCGAUGCUGGAGACCCAAGCCGAACUUCAAAGCGCCCGAUCACAUCCUGAUUCCCAUUGUUGAUGGUGUCGAAGCUGCUUUAAACACGUCUACAAGCCGCGAGCCAACAACACUGGGAGAGGCCCUGAAACGCCCUGACGGCGACAAGUAUGUCCAAGCGGCUAUAGAAGAGGUCAGAGCUCAUCUGGAAAACGGCACGUGGAAGCUUGUGCGACUCCCACAAGGCAAAAAGGCUAUCGGCUCACGUUGGGUAUUCAAAAUCAAGCGUGAUGCCGACGGGUCUAUUAGCAAAUACAAGGGACGAAUUGUGGCAAAGGGAUAUGCACAACGAGAGGGAAUUGACUACACAGAGACCUUUGCACCAACAGCUCGCUUUGGUGCCCCUCGCACCAUCAUAGCACUCGCAGCGCUCGAAGACUGGGAGCUAGAGUCAGUAGACAUAUCAACCGCCUUCCUCAAUGGUGAGAUUGAUGCAGAGGUCUACAUGCAAAAGCCAGAAGGUGUCGAGUUUGAGGGCUAUGAAGGUACGAGCUGGGUGCUUCAACUUCUCAAGGGCCUCUUUGGAAUCAAACAAGGCCCUCGCAUCUGGUCUGUGAAGCUACACACUGUCCUAUCAGAAAUUGGAUUCAAACGUCUCGAAAGCGAUCACAGUGUCUUCAUCUAUGAACGCGACAGUGUGAAGAUCAUUGUACCAGUCCAUGUCGAUGACUUACUGUUUGCAUCAAAGUCAUCCGAAGCCAUUCAAAUGGUGAAGGAUGAGCUCAAAGCACGCUUCAAGAUCCAUGACCAAGGCCCUACCUCAUUCCUACUUGGUGUCAAGCCCGAGCGCGAUCGCCAAUCCCAUACCAUCUCCCUCUCUCAACCUGCAUACAUUGAACAGAUUCUUGAAACCUACAAAAUGCAGGAGUGUAAUGGCGCCGACACGCCUAUGGCUGAAAAGCCACUCCUCUCAACCAAGGAUUCACCACAAACUGAGCACGAGAAUCCUGGACAAGCACACUGGCUAGCUCUCAAACGGGUACUGCGGUAUCUCCGCAAAACAACAAACUACAAGCUCACCUACGGCCUCAAACCCGACUCUGACGAACUGUUCACGACGCAAAGCGAUGCCGAUCUGGGUGGAAACGCUGAUAAUACCCGCUCAACAGCUGGUUUUGUCAUGUCAAUUGGUGGCGGCGCUGUAAUGUGGAGUAGCCGACUCCAGCGCCACACAUCACUAUCAUCAACGGAGUCGGAGUAUACAACAGCCUCUGCCACUGGGUGCGAAAUGAUCUGGAUGCGGUCAUUCCUCGACGAAAUUGGCUACGACACUGCGUCCUAUCCAUCCACCCUAUUUGUUGACAACGCCUCUGCCAUCCAAGUUGCCAAGAACCCAGAACACCAGUCCACCAUGAAGCACGUUCACCGUAGCUUCAACUGGAUUCGCGAGAGGGUUGCCAAUAAUGAAAUCCGCGUUGCUCAUAUCCCUGGAGCUGUCAAUGUUGCCGACAUCUUCACCAAACCACUAGGCCGCAUCAAGUUCGAACAGUUUGCCAAAAUGCUUGGUCUGAUUCCUCAUCCACAUGCUCGUACUCAGUCCAUGCGCUAA